GCCACCGACCUCGAUAGAUAGAACGCCAGUUGCUCUAAAUAAAAAGAUAGAACGGCUGGGCGAGCGGCACCGCCCUCUUCGCCGGACCCUCCUGCUGGCGACGAUCAUCAACCAGAAAAUAAAGCUGCUUCAGUCUAAGAAAAGAUGAGCAAGACUAAAAGCGGUGGCGAGGAUCGCACAGGAAGGUUACAUAAGAGUAGACGAGCUUGCAAUAGUAAAGGAAGGGCAUCCGAGCCAAUGGCCUCAUCAGUCUCGGAGAAGGUGCGGAAAAGUAAGAAGGGAACUAAGAAGGGGGGCGAUGAUCUCGCAAGCAGACCGGAUGAGAGGGAUGGUGAUCUUCUCCCAAGAUCACAUAAGAGCACAAUAGUUCGCGAUGUAUACACAUAUGCUCGCUACAAGGAACAGUUUGGGGAUCUAGAGUCCAUGGGUUACCCUGAGCCACCAAUAACCAUGCCAGAUGAUGACAUGCUUUUGGUUAAUACUUUUGAGGAGACUUUUGGCGACACAUACCCUGAAGGUGAUUGGCUUGAAUUCAGUAAAAAGGCCUCUUCCAACAUAGAUCGCUAUGUUGUCGCGCUUGCUUCAUUCAGUGGAGAGAAAAGGCAUUUUGCAUGCUCAGGUUUUUUUAUCGAAUGGAACGGAUCUACGGUUAUUGUGACAUCGGCGAGCUUGGUCAGGAGUUCAAGUGAUGAGAACAAGAUUGAUGAAAACUUGAGGAUCGAAGUGUUGCUUCCCAGGAAACGGCGCAUAAAGGGCACGCUACAGCACUACAGUUUACACUACAACGUUGCUCUAGUCAGCGUCGAGGAUUGCCGUGUGGUGUGUCCAGCGAUUAUUCAGCGUCUUCGGUAUGUGUGCUCUAAAAUAGCAGCCGUAGGGCGCUGUUUCGAAUCAGGCGCGCUGAUGGCCGUGAUCGCAGAAGAGGUCACCUGGACAGGCACGCUCGAUUGCGUUUGCGUUGAACGAAUCUCACGUAGAAUCACCAAGGCUGGUACGGGAGGACCCCUUGUUAAUUUGGACGGGGAAGUUGUCGGCAUGGACUUCUACGACACGAGGAUUGGAACCCCUAUCGUGAUGUGGGAUCAUGUUCAGUGCAUUCUGGAACAUUUUCGUGAAAAGAGUAAGGCUGGUGAAGUUGGGAAUGACAGUGGUGAGGCUUUCUGGAAAUUGGAUGGGGAUCCCAGCGACAGGCUAAACAGGUGGCCCGUGCCCGCGCCAUGUUGGCGCAGUCGCGACGACGUGGACGCGGACAAGAAAUCCGAGGAGGAUGAGCUGAACCUCGAACCCCCGCCCCCCAGUGACAGUUUCGACUGGAGCUUCAAUUUCUUCAAUUUUUUUGAACAGGAGCCGGGCUCUAAACCCUCAUCCAGCCGCAGAAGCAACGAACCCCGCAGUAACCCAUACAUAUACGGAUACAUAGAUGGGGAGAGAGUUUUGCUUUCUGUUUGAUAGUGCGUGUCUGCAGCAUUUCGUUGCGUUGUUGGCUAGGUUUCAGUUCACAAGGAUCUGCUUGUUGCUGCUAGUCUUUGCCAAUGUUUCAUGUAGCUGUUGUGCUUGGUCUCUUGGGAUCGCAGAGUGAGUGCAACCUUGUGUAACAGAUGGCGAGGACUUGGUUUAUACUGAAUUCGUUUAUACUAGCAUG